AUGUCUGGUCUUGAUGUCCCCGGGGAGUUUCUGAGGCAUGCCGUUCUUGACACAGUUGUCCCACAUGCAUCGGACAUUGAUCUCGAAGCAGCGCUGACUUCGGCGCUCGAAGAGGGUGCAGACGACCUCCCCUCUGUGCUUUCAUAUAUACCCCAGCGAUCAUUGCUAUUCUUCGAUGAAUUCUGCGCAGUCCGCAUUGUGCUGAGGCUUGCCAAUUGUUCUCAGAACAGCUUGAAAGCCCAUCUUCAAAACCUCGAAAUACGACUCGAUGCGUUUGCAAUUGAUCCUGCCGAAGCCGUUGCCGAAAACCCAACCCCAACCCGCGAUCUUAUCUUCUCAGGGGCUGUUGAUGCACGCGCCGAUCCUCUAGUGGUUGUGAAUGAGUUCGAGGGAGAAUCAGGAGACGGAAACCAUGUAUAUGUUAUCUGGAGCAUUGAGACUUUCCUCAAGCGUCCUCGCAUUCGCAUCCAACACCCUUCCGUGAUCUUCAUCGCCUCUGCUAGCCUUAACCCAGCCGAAACUCGACAGCACGACUCUCGUGAAGAUGUAUACCUACCAUCCCUGAUUCCCGCUUCGACCAACGUCCUACAACCUCUUUCAGCAGAUCCCGCCUUCAGUCAAAAUGACCCUUUCCUUCCUGCCUCUAGGCUGUUACGUGUCGUCCCUGCAAAAUAUAGCGAAGAUCCUAUAUACAACGUCCUACAAGAAUCAGGACACCCGAUGCGUAUAGUUCCUGCUGCUAGCGCCAGAAUUCGAUAUUCUAGGUUGAAUUCAUUCUCCAGCCGGCCAACAACUAUCGCGAAUCUCGAUUUCGAGGUCACGCCCUUCUUGAAGUCCGAGGUGGUGUUCGAUAAGGCAGAUCUUCGACUGUCAAAUGGAUCAAUCGAGCUCCUUACGAGUGGCCCGGGACUUGUUCCGCCCGUUACGUGUCAGCCACGGGAUGAUAUCACAUUAAUAUACAAAUUAACGCCGGACUAUGGACCUGAUUCGAAUCCUUCGACAACUGCAAUGGUUGGUAUACUAGAGAUCUCGCUAGAAGCGGUGAUCAAGGUUUCAGACAACUGCAAUCCUCGGAUCGUGAUGCAAUGGACAACCAAUAUCGAUUUCUCGCUAGCCCUUAACCCAACUUUCGGUGGUCCGAGCCAGGCUCUACAACGGGCCAACCGUCCUACAAGUCUCUCAACAUUACCUGGUCAGGCCAGUACAGCCGGUGGCAUUCAGGCCAACAGAACUUCCUUACGAGAGCGGGCGUAUUCGGCCACAGAUCUAGGUGUAACCAUGUCCUUUUCGGGUCCGUCAAGCGUGGAGGUUGGGAAGCCGUUUUCCUGGAACGUCUUCAUUGUCAAUCGCUCUUCCACCCCUCGCAAAUUCGCAAUGAUUGCUAUUCCAAGGCGGAAAGUAUCAAAUGCGAGGGGGCACGUGGCCCGUCCGUCAUCUUCGUCGAUAUCAAACCGCAGGAGUGAUCAAGUCGCGGAGGCCGUGACGGACGACAACAUCGUUCAUGCUAUGCAGAAAAACGUGGCUGGUCAGGACGCAGAUCUGGUCUGUCUGAGCACUGACGUUCGUGUUGGCCCAUUGUCUCCUGGCACUUGUUUCGCCACCGAAUUAAAGUUCCUCCCGCUCGUAGUAGGAUCUCUUCGGCUUGAAUCCGUGCGCCUAAUAGACGCCAAUAGUGGUGAAACGACUGAUAUCAGGGAUCUCCCGGAUAUUUUGUGCCUAGGGCAGAAUGUAUAG